AUGAAACUUAAGUCGGCUAACUUUUUCAGGGUCUCUCGACUAACGUUUCCAAGUAUCCGUUCGAGCUGCAACUUCUUGGGUUUUGCAGAUGCUGGUUCAAGAAAUCCAAGAUCAGCUGUAACUCCAAUACAAGGCUCAAGGGUUCAUGGAAUCUGCAUAAGCUGGAUGAAGGUGUUUUUGUUGGUGUUGCAGCUUGUUGGUGUUACCUGCAGCUUCUUGUACCUAGUUGCAUCUUCAGUUUGGGAGCUGAAAGAGAAUUUUUCAAUUACUAAAGAUGCAAGUGAUGGGGUAAAAGUUUAUCGUUCAAAAAGGCAAAGGGUUGUGGCCUUGGCUCUUCCUAAUUUGCAACUGCAAGGCACAAUUUCCCCAUCUUUGGCCAAUUUGUCCUUUCUCAGUGUUCUCAAUCUCGACAACAAUCAGCUCCAAGGAAGUAUACCAGCAAGUUUAUUUCAACACCGCAGAGUUCAAGUAAUUUCAUUGGCUUUCAAUAAACUCGAUGGUGAAAUGUGGAAAGGGCCAUGGUAUGUACCCGAACUCAGGGUAUUUGAUCUCACCAACAAUAGCCUCACGGGUAUAAUCCCUCCUUUUAUUGGAAAUGCCACAAAAAUGAUGAACUUCAGUUUGUCUGGGAAUAGAGUCAGUGGCAACAUUCCAAAGGAGGUCGGUAAUCUAUGCCAACUUGCAGACUUGUACUUGACUGAUAAUCAAUUAAUUUGUUCCAUUCCCGCAAUACUGUUUAAUAUCUCAUCAUUGCUUGUCAUAAGUCUAUACAACAAUAGCCUUUCUGGCCGGCUCUUGCUUGAUGAAGGGAAUAUUGUGUCAAAUCUGAAGACAUACCCAGAAAUAUUGGUUGUUUAUCCAAGCUCGAGAGGUUCUAUAUGGUUGUUUAUCCAAGCUCGAGAGGUUCUAUAUUGGGCGUACUGCAAUAAGUGGGACUAUUCCUGCUUCAUUGGGAAAUAUUUCCACUCUGAAAAUUCUUUAUUGUGGAAACAAUCACAUAGUGGGGCAAUUCCUCUGGAAUUAGGGAAGCUAUCAAAUUUGAGGGAAUUAACCUUUGACCAAAAUUAUAAUCUUAUUGGUCAAAAUCCAGAGGCUAUUUUCAACAUAUCUUCUUUGGAAAUUAUUGAUUUCAGUUUCAAUAAUCUCUCUGGUAGAAUUCCAACCACUACAAGUCUUCAUCUUCCGAACCUUAAAGUACUUUACCUGGGAACCAAUAAGCUGGAAGGGGAAAUUCCACUGUUCAUAACAAAUGCUUCCAAGCUUGAGAUACUGGAGCUAGAUGGGAACUUUCUCACAGGCGCUAUUCCUACUAAUUUGGGGAAUCUUCGUGAGCUGCAAUCACUGUUCCUAUAUACUAAUCAACUUACCAAUGAACCAAGAGAGCGUGAGUUGCGAUUCUUCAAUUCUUUGGCAAACUGUAGGAUGUUGCAAUAUCUACAAGUGGGUACCAAUCCGUUGACUGGUGUUCUGCUCAAUCCUAUUGGGAAUCUUUCAUCUACAAUUGAAAACUUUUAUAUAGCAGAUGCACACAUCAACGGCCUCAUCCUCACAAGUAUAGGCAACAUAAGCUGUCUAGUGGGCCUAUACUUUCAAGGAAACAACUUGGCAGGGAGUAUUCCUUCUGAGAUUGGUAAGCUUAAGCAACUCCAAGGGAUGUAUCUAUAA